UGGGGCAGUGGGGGAGGGGGCCGCACGGCGGCAGCGCCAGGGCGGGCGCGCGUCCGCGGCGGUGAUGGCGGUGCGUGAACGCGCGGCGGCAGCAAUGGCCGCUCUGGAGCGGCGGGUGCCGAGUCUCGAUGACUUCGCGGGACAGAGCUGGAGCUCGUGGGUGGAGCGGGCCGAUCUGCCCACGGCCGACGGGGCUGAGCAAGAGGAGAGUAGCAAAAACAUGAAGAAGUUGGAUGCCAUGACCCUCAUUAAAGAAGACAUGUCCAUCUUCGGGCACUGCCCAGCCCAUGAUGACUUCUAUUUGGUUGUGUGUAACCACUGCAGCCAGGUGGUGAAGCCUCAAGCUUUCCAGAAGCAUUGCGAAAGAAGACAUGGGCCCCUCAGCAAGCUUUAUGCCCGGGCCCCACCCCCACCUCCAGCCCCUGCCAGCUCUCAGAAAUGCCAUGUAGUGAAUGGGCAGGGCCCAGCUUGUAGGACCCCAGGUUCCACCAAAACCUCCUCCAGGGAGAAGGGCCAGGGGUCCCGGAGCCGUGGCCACCAGCCUCCUGAGAAGACCCAGAAGGACAAUCUCUGCCUUUUCGUGCCUGUGGUGAAUCUUGAGAAGAUGUCCAGUCUCCCGAAGCCCGAUGGACAUGGAAUCAGGGUGGCCCCACCCUCUGCUUUCCUCAGUCAGCCAGGCGGCCUCCCCAAGGACUCUCCUGGAAAAGUGCCCAUGGCUCCCCCCUCUAAGGAGCCUCCUGGCAGAGAAAGCAUCGAGAUAAUUGCCAGUGAGGGCUCCAGUCACCGGGCCGAAGGCAGCCCCCUGGAGAAGGAGCCUAGUGGGGCCAGGCUGCCCCCCAAAACCCACCGGAAGAUGGCUCGGAAAGAGUGCGACCUCAACAGGCAAUGUGGGGUCAUAAAUCCAGAGACCCAAAAGAUCUGCACUCGCCUGCUGACCUGCAAGAUUCACUCGGUGCACCAGCGCAGGGAGGUCCAGGGCCGGGCCAAGGACUUUGAUGUGCUAGUGGCAGAGCUGAAGGCCAACUCCCGCAAAGGGGAGUCUCCCAAGGAGAAGAGCCCAGGACGCAAGGAGCCAGCUCUGGAGCGCCCCUCCCAGGAGCUUCCCUCUUCAGUCCAGGCUGUGGCAGCAACAGCCAUUCCCAGCAGCACCUUUUCUGCUCGAGCCAAGCAGACCUAUCCAUACUGUGCACUGCCCAGGUCCCGGGCCUCCUCUGAGAGUGAGUUGGAUGAUGAAGGCCCCUGUGGUGGUGAUGGGGACCCAGGCCUGUUCCCCUUCCCUCUGCCCCGGGGUGGGGCCCAGGCCUCCAGCGAGGAGAGCGAGGAGGAGGGGACAGCUGACGACCUCCACCUCCCCCCUGACUGCCAUUAUGCAACCAGGCCCCCGCGGCCACAGGCGUUCUGCACCUUUGGGAGCCGCCUGGUGAGCCCAGGAUGCUAUGUGUUUAGCCGCCGGCUGGACCGGUUCUGCUCUGCACUCACCUCCAUGCUGGAAAGGCACCUCAGUUCACACAUGUGGAAGAAGAUCCCACCCGCUGCUGAACCUCCACCCCACCUUGUCAGCUCCGCCUUAUCUGCUCCCCUGAGCCCAUCCUCUAUGGGCAGCUGCCCCCGACUUCCAGGCCCACCCUCCAGACCUGCCUGCCCAGCCUCCAUGCCCCCUAACAAGGACAGCCUUGUUCCCAGCUACCCUGCAGGCUCCCCCAGCGUGGCAGCCGCCUGCAGUCAGUCAGAGUGCAUGGGCGGCAGCCAGGCUAUCACCUCACCACUGCCUGCCAACACGCCAUCCCCGUCCUUCAGCAAGCUGCCACCUUCCAAGGCCAGCAAGUCAUCCAAAGGCAAGGACAGGGCAGAGGUGGAGGCUCCUUCUCGAAAGCGGAAGUUAUCCCCUGGCCCUACCACUUUCAAACGGACCUGCAUCCUUGAACCCACUGGAAAAGGCAAACCCUCUGGUUGCCGGGGUCUCUCAGCCAAGACUAAAACAUCCCUGGCCAUGGGACUUAAUGGGACAGUGGGUCCAAGAAUGAAGCGGGCAGGGCCCCUGGACUGUCGGGGUUCCCUUCAUCUGCCCCACACAUCUGUCAAGGCUUCUCAGCUGGAGAACCGGGGAGCCACUGGACACCCAGCCAAGGCCCUGCCAACCAACUGCCUCUCUGAGGAGGAAGUAGCCAAGAAGCGGAAAAACCUGGCCACUUACUGCCGGCCAAUGAAGGCCAAGCACUGUCAGGCUGGUGCCCCUGCUGACACAGCCUGCUCUGUGCGCCGCAAGAAGCCAGGCCCGGCCCUGGCCUUUGAGGAGAAGUGCUCUACACUGAAGGUACCAGCCCAGCUCCCUAAAGAGCAUGGGCAGAGAGGGAUCAGGAAGGCUGAGUGUAGGGAACACAGUGGGUACCUGACAUGGAGAGGUGUUAAGUAGAUGAUUAUGCAGGGAAGGGAAAAGGAGGAAAUUGAGAGUUCCUGGGUCAGUACUUGAGAGAGAGGUCAUCAAGUGACUUCAGCUUUUGCCUGAUGGAUCUUCCCCUAUCUACUCUCCCUUGAGUUCAGGGCAUGCUGCUUCCUGUCUGCCCUUGCUUUUACUUUAAUCAAAGAGGGUUACUUUCUGAAUUGCUGUGGCUGUUGCUCCAGGACCUAAGGCUUCCUCUGCCCCUUGAAGGAAAAGGAGUUUGGGUCCCUAAACUGAGGCUCAACAUGCUGAGCAACUGGGAGGGUGGGCUGGUCUUGUUCCUUGGUUCUUCCUUUUAUAUCAGGACACUGAAUGGCAAGUACACAGUGGAAGAGACCUGGGUGCCAGCCUUGCUCCUGUGCUCACCUCCAGGUUCUCUGGUGGUAGAUGGGUUCUCCAGGGUUUCUAGUAAAGCCUGAAGCUAGGUUUAUCUGCCUUUCUAAUGGAAGCCCUGGAAGGACUUAUGGGAGAUGUGAUGGUGUGGGGUGGGGUGGAUAUUCUGGUUUAAACAUGGGCUUAAUGUAUACCAACUCCCCUGGUACUCAUAGAGGCCAGUCCAGUACAGUCUGACAGUUGUUGAGGGUCUCACUGUGUGUGUGUGUAUGCAUGCAUGCAUCUUUGUGUACAAGCAUGCACAUGUGUUCUCCAACUUCACUACCCAGGCUACCCCUGUUAGGCUGGCAUUCAUCUUCCCCUUGCUCAGUUUUACUUACCAGGCCAGCAGAAGAAAAUCAGGUUUUAGCCCUUAUAGUCUGCAUAGUUCACUGGGUAAGGUAAAUGCUAGGUCCCCAUCCUGACCCUGUCUCUUGCCUCUUGUCUUC